CCACGUUGUGACGCUGGUGGUCGCCGCACUACUGUUGCGCAGUACUUUUUACAUUGUGGUGGACUUGUUUCUCGAUUUUGAGUACUCGGAUAAGAUUUUAGCGGAUAAAUUCGAUGGCAGCUGGUUACCACAGGAAGUUAAGGCCACCGCUUAUAAAACAUCUCCUCAAUUAUAUUUAUCUAUCAUGUUGUUUGAUCCUUGCUUGGAUCUUCUUUUUUUUCAAGUACUAGAAAAAGAAGCUGCCUCCAAGGAUACGACUUUGAAGGAAGAUGCGAGCGAAGUAGCUCUAAAGCAGAGAGCAUGAAAGCGCACAUCAUGGACGUGCGCUCGACGCGCGAUUACGACUGCCCACGGGAACAUUUACAAGGCCUUUUGCACUUACCCCCAGACGAACUGGAAAUAGAAGAUGUUUUGCUGUAUCGCCAAAGGGAUCGCACCACCAAUUUUCAAGUUGCUCCCAGAAGAGGAGGGCGUGGCAGUGCUGGUCGUGGUGGCAUUGGUGGUGGUGGUGGGGACACAUCCAAUAACGGCACAGCUGGGGACAACUCGUCCACUGCCGGAGCGAGGGCAGCUGACUCCUCGGCAGCAACUUCAUCCUCCUCGUAUAUUUGGCGUAGAGGCGACGCUGUUUCCGCUUUUCGAGGAAGCCUAAUCAUGCAGAAAGAAUGGAGGGACUCGCAAAUGUCCGUUGUAACAGGAGAAGUAGAAGAUGUUCUUGAGGGCGGAGAGCUUCUCGAACUACAAUUAAGGACUCAACACAACUUACCAACUUAAUACACUUAGUCCAUCUUUUACCCCAUCUUCUGUAAGCUGUUUUCAAGUAGAAAAAUAGGAACGGAUAUAUUGAGGGAAAAGAUGGACAUGAGGGAAAGAGAAACGGACAUUCUACUUGGAGUGCGCUCUAAUUCAACACUCGGGAUCGGGUCGCGGCGGACUACAGGGGCGACGUAGGUCUGCGGUACAUCAAGACGACGAUCACGAUGCCCAGGAUGUACUUGGUGAAGAUCCUCCUGCUCUAGGCGCAGGUGGGAGCUCCUCUUUACUAGGUGUAAUUCAUGAACGAUCAGGCGAGGAAGAAUCUGGGUCGUUUCCACAGCAGCACCAAGCUUCUUUUAGUCUGAAUCCUGUCGUGAAUGCAGCUUACCACAACGCGAAUGCAGACUUAUCAUCUGGUGGGGGAGAACAACAACAAGCUGGUACAUUAUACGAGGACGAGGACUCAAACUCGUCGACGAGAAGCGGCCGGACGAGGCAUCUUCCACGACCACAAGCAAGGGGCCCCUUGGCUCUUACAGCCAUGCUAACUCGUCCUCGUGCGCCAGUGCACGAGUUAAGACGGCAAUGUAGCAAUCGAAGCGGUGGAAGCGACAAUCAAACGUCAUUUUUUGGCAGUGAAAUGUUAGGGCAGAUGGAUGAUGAGAAUGCUGGAUCAACAAGAUCAGGAAAUCGUGGUAGAAACGUCGCAGGGGCUACUUCAUCUUCAACAUCUAUUUCUGCAGGAGCUCGCCGUGGUGGAGGUGGGAGAGAUCCUCGUAGUAAUCAUAUCAAUAGGGACUCUGUCAGAGAGGAUUACGCAGACCACCAUGUUGACGAUCAUGACCAAGAAGAUGUUGAUGACGGUGAUAGCACGACUACGAGUCCAACUGGAGGUUCGCAGGCAAGAAGAAGUUCGGUACGACGACGUCUGCUGCUUGCACUAUCUCCUGAUGGUGCGUCACAAGAUACGAAUAGCGGUCCAUUGGCUUCCUUUGGCAGUGCCGGUACAAGAACACUCGGACCCGCAGACCGACAGGCACUGCACAGGAAUUGCCCCUGGCUGGAUCCGCAAUUGCUUAGAGCGAUGACCGAUCAAACGCAACAAAGUGUUGAAUUUCAACAAAUGCUAAGUGGGUGAAGGAGGAUCAAAAAAGGAAGAGAAAGAGAGAUGAAAUCUCUUCCAACAACAGGGACCUCUUGCCAGGCACAUCAAUCAAUCAAUCAAUCAAUCAAUCAAUCAAUCAAUCAAUCAUGUGUCCUGCUUUAAUAUUCAUUGUUCUUGGCACUUGUGCUUGUCUCAUGCAAAAAAAGCACAGAGCAACACAUCGCAAGUAAUACAGAGCUAGUGCCAUGCUUCACGUUCAGAGCAGCCCGUACUAGUGAAUCUUGAAUGUUGUAGUUAGAGCUCCUACAAGAACAUUCUUUCCCUCUCGUAAUUUUCCAGAAAUGACCUAAAAACACCUCCUCGAAAUCAACAUAAGGAUGACACUCAUCCUUAUGUCAGUCAUUUUCCUAACCCUCAAACUCAAUCUACCCUUUCCUUACAUUACAGACCUGUAGACGACGCCCAUCAGGGGAUACAGGACCACUAGCGG